CGGCAUAAAGGUCCCCGUGCCCGAGAGCUUCUGUCAGUCAGGAGGCCACACCGUGCACAAUGGAUUCCUCUUGGGCACCCAGGAUGGGGCGUGUGGGAGGGCACGGGCUGAUGGCAUUGCUGAUGGCCAGUCUCAUUCUUCCAGGAAUCUUGGCUAAGAGCAUUGGGACCCUCUCGGACCUCUGUAAGGACCCUACGAGGAUCACCUCCCCGAAUGACCCUUGUCUCAUUGGAAAGGUUGGCUCCAACAGCAUCAGCAGCCAAGGUGGCUCCAGCAGUUUCAGCAGCCAAGGUGGAUCCAGCAGUUUCAGCAGCCAAAGUGGAUCCAGCAGCUCCCAGGGAUCCUUGAUAUAUAAACCAGGGCCAGGGUACUCCCAGAGUAGCUAUUCUUUUGGCUCUGAUGGCUCCCAGACAGGAAGCAGCGGCUCCCAGACAGGAAGCAGUGGCUCUCAGACAGGAAGCAGUGGAUCUCAGACAGGAAGCAGUGGAUCUCAGACAGGAAGCAGUGGAUCCCAGACAGGAAGCAGUGGAUCCCAGACAGGAAGCAGCGGCUCUCAGUCAGGAAGCAGCAGCUCUCAGACAGGAAGCAGUGGCUCUCAGUCUGGAAGCAGCAGCUCUCAGACAGGAAGCAGUGGCUCUCAGUCAGGAAGAUGGGUAAGCAGCAGUUCUCAGUGGGUAAGCAACAGUUAUCAGUCCGGAAGUUCAGGAAGCAGCCGGGAGGGACCAGGAAAUGGCUCUGCUCUACCAACCGAUGACAAUUCUUCCCGAGGCUCGUCCACUUCCCAGAGCAGCAGCUCCAACCUGCGGCCCUGUAGCUCCAACCUGCCCGACUCUCCCUGCAGCGGGGGGCCUGUCAUCUCACACUCAGGGCCCUACAUCUCCGGCUCCCACACCGUAUCAGGUGGCCAGAGACCUGUAGUGGUGGUGGUGGAGCAGCAUGGCUCUGGUGGCCCUGGAGGGUUUCAAGGCAUGCCCUGUAGCAAUGGCGGCCCCUCAGGCAAGCCCUGCCCUCCCAUCACCUCUGUCCAGAAACCCUAUGGCGGCUAUGAGGUGGUGGGUGGCUCUGCCAACAGUUAUCUGGUCCCAGGCAUGACCUACAGCGGGGGUAAAAUCUACCCCGUGGGCUACUUCACCAAAGACAACCCUGUCAGGGGCUCGCCAGGGUCCCCUGCUUUUGCAGCUGGGCCUCCAGUCUCUGAGGGGAAGUACUUCUCUAGCAAUCCCAUCAUUCCCAGCCGUAGCUCUUCCAGUUUCGGUGGCUACCCACCGAGCAUUGUGUUCCAGCCCGUGGGCUCUGGCGGGGUUCAGCCCUGUGGCACUGGCUCUGUCAGCUCUAAGGGGCCUUGCUCUGGUACAAGAAUUCAGAUCACCUCCAGCAGCUCCAGUACCUCCUACCACCCCUGCAGCGGUGGUGUUUCCCAGGGACCCUGCUCCUCACCAGGCACCGGCUCCAUCAGUGGGGGAAACACUGGCAAAAUCGUCCUUCAGCCCUGCGGCAGCAAAUCUAGCUCUUCCGGUUCCCCGUGCCUUUCUGUUUCCUCCUCCACAUUGAAUGGGGGUCUGAAUGGUUCUCCUCAGCCUGUCCCCUCUGCGGGUGUCAAGCUCUGUGGCGUCAACAGCCCUGGAAGAGUGCCCUGCCGUUCCAUCCGCGACAUUCUGACUCAAGUGAAGCCUUUGGGGCCCCAGUUAAUGGAUCCUGAAGUUUCUCCGCCACAGGGAGAGCCACUUGAGAAGUCUUAAGUCACGCAUGCCCGCUAUUUUCCAAUUGCUAGCCGCCUCCCAACUGGAAGAUGUUCAGGGGCCCAGUUCCCUGCCCUCCUUCCUCCCCGGGCGGAGCUGCCUCACGUGUGGCAGUUAGCCUGAUGAUGCUCUUGACUUUAUUCAGCACUCCAAAUGGUGGACUCCAUCCUCCUACUCCUCCUUUCCUGGGUGCUUCCACACCGUGCCGCUGGGGUGCCCUCUCUGCCCGAUUACCUGCCUUAAAAUGCACUUUUUCAGGUUCUUGACUGGGAAGCCCUCGAAGCACACCUCAACCUUGGGGGCCCGGUUAAGCCAAGCAUGCCUCUGUCCCGUUUGCCAAAUAAGGCAACGUCCCAUCCGUCACCUGAGAACCAAGCUGCAUUUCUCAGCAGCUCCUCCACCAUCCGUUCAGCCAACCCUCUACAUGGUUGGGUUUCCACCAUUCAUCAUGAGUCUCACUCCACCAGACCCUUUUCCAACACACCCGUUCCUCCCCCUCCCCUGCUCUCCAUGUCCGUUUCUGCCUGGUUGCCACUUCACCCAAAGCACAGAUGUUACUCUAUGUGUGUGUACCCCAGGGGCAUCCACAGAAUCUGGAUCCUGGACAGGGCUCAAUAAACUUUGUGGACUUUGUGCA